AUGACCCACUACGACUACUGUAUUAGUAGUGUUGCUUUGUCGCGGGUGUCGGUUGUCGAGGGCCUAGGGGUGUGGCUUGACGCCGCCUUGUCCUUCAGUGUGCAGAUUGACAAGGUGGUAUCCAAGGCCAACAGUAUGUUGGGGCUUAUGUCUCGCCUGGCAUCGGAGGUGCGGAACCCGCGCAGCCUAACAGCGCUGUACUGUUGCUGGGUCAGACCGAUCCUCGAGUAUGCUUCCGUGUGCGGCGGUGAGAUGGGCGAUGGCGUCGGCGGUGAGAUGGGCGAUGGCGUCGGCGGUGAGAUGGGCGAUGGCGUCGGGGCUGGCGUUGGUGAUGAUGUCGGGAUUGGCGAUGGCAACGGGGCUGGCGUUGGCGGUGGUGUCGGGGCUGGCGUUGGCACUUCGAAAGUUCUGCGAUAA